GCGUCCAGCCCGCAUGGCAGACCGAGCUAGUGUGCCGCCAUUUCCAGACUUUUCUCGCCUAGCACUCGCUCGACAUUUCCGUACUCAGUAGAGACUGAGGGACCGUCUGCCCGUCCGAUAAACGUUCCACCCAUCCGUCACCUUUUUCGUGUUCUUUCCUAACUGACACUUGCGACUGGACCUCUUUUGUCAUUCUUUGGGGCCGAACAAAAAAAAAAAAAAGAGUGCUGUAUGUCCAUGGCACCGUACAUACCCUCCACACCUUGAUUGGUACCAAACUCAAUCCAACCAAAAACCUUGCUUCAUCUACAAAAUCGAAGGGUCGGCCCCACACUUUUCUCCGUGUCGUUGACCUUUGUAUACCCGAGUCGCCCCGGAGGAGGUGCUCAAACUUGCCCCGUCCCCCUCAUCCCAUGGGAAUCUUCUUCUCUUCUUGAGGAAAUUUGUCCUCGUCGAUUAAGACUUCCACCGAUCAACAAUCAAUCGUCAUCAACAAGCCUCAAAUAACCGCUUCUCAGAGUCCGUGCCCAACACGCUAAAACUACUGGCAUUUCUUCCCGCGACUGUCAUCUGUCUGUGCUCGGCGCUUCUUGACCUGGAUUCGCAUUUCACACAACGUAACCGACAUCACCCACAGGCCCAAAGUUACGCCAGCAAACUGCGAUCCAUUGUCGAUUUGUUUUAAAAGGAUUGUACCAUCGCCUCCACAACCGAAUUGUCCCUUCGAGCAGAAUAAUCCAGGAAAUCCAGAAUACCGUUGGUUUGGACUGGCUUGAAAUUAGAGCAUCAACUUGGCAAAAAGGGCCUACCCCUCAAACUGCAACUAGCGACUGCUAGUAUCUUGAACAAAUUCGAAUUGGUCCCAGAAACAACAGUCUGUUACCGCAGUCAUGAGCGCGCAAGCGCAGUCGGGCUCACCUGCGGCCCGGGAGAAAGGGAAGACAGGGCUUGGCAAGAUGCUAUCCAGGAUGAAAACUGUACUGCGGAAGGAUAGGCACCAAAGGUCUACAGCUGCUGGCGCUCCCGGUCCAUCAACAGCCCAGACAUCAUCCGCUGCUGUGCCUAUUCAACUUGUCACUAGUGCACCCGCUCAAGCGACACCCGAAACUACAGCUACGCCAAAACAGACAAAUCCAAAGCCUAAGGAGUUGCCGGGCUCUGUCAAGAUCCCCCGCUUGCAAAUCCACGAGGAGCGCGCGCGGAAGUUGGGAGAACGUUUUGGGGUAUUGAUUCAGCCAACUGCACGGGACUUGGCUGAGGGAUACGCGUUGCGCAUCGACAAGCCCAUACGCAUGCGAGUCCGCCGGCAGUGUCACAUGUGUCAAUCCAGCUUCGGGGCCGCCAAGGAGUGUCCCGCCUGCAAGCAUGCGUGGUGCACAGAUUGCACUCGCUAUCCCCCGUCCCGCACCGAGGAUGAGCUGGUCGCCAGCAGGGUGAGGCGCGCUGCGAUAAUCAAGGAGCAGCGUGAAAAGGCGCCCAUCGUUCCCGAUUACGACCUACUGGGCUGCGAUCCCAAGCGCGGGCCUACCGUCGUGCUGAAGAAGCCAAGUAAAACAGGCGGUCAGGAGCUUGUACACAAGAAACCCCGACAGCGGGUGCGACGACACUGCCAUGAGUGCGGCACACUUUUCACUGGAGGAUCUAGGGAGUGCUCCCACUGUAAUCAUGUCCGGUGCACUGACUGUCCCCGCGACCCACCUAAAAAGGACAAAUACCCCUACGGGUACCCCGGAGACGUCUUCGGGCCCAACUCGAUCCCUUACUACGAAUGUCACAGCUGUCAGACGCGUUUUCCGCCUUCGCCCGAGACGGGCGACGAAUGCAGCAAAUGCUCGCACAAAAAGUGUGACAAUUGCCCACGACUCAAGCCGCAGAAGGUCGAACCCGAACCAGACCCCGCCAUUGUCCGGAGCAUCACAGCCAAGCUGGAGUCGGUUCGUUUCGAUACUUGAUAAAAGAAAUUAUAAAAAAAAGCGACAACGACGGUGUUUUCGUUAUUUCAUUUUUUUUGUACAUAUAUUAUACCCAGCCUUGUACACGCAUUUUGCGACGGAAAAGAAGCGAUCUCUUUGUUAAGUUUAUUUGUUACACAUUUGUCCUUCAGUAUCAGUUACACUAUGCGCAUCAUUCACGGCAUUUUUGGCAAUA